AUGUAUGCUCUGGUGACGUUUUCAGUUCUUGCAUACAGUUGCAUCGUACAAGGAUUGACCUCAGAAAUUAAAAAAGAAAAGAUCAGUCCCCAUAUCGACGUCUUGAAAAAACAAUGUUGUCCACGUCGUAACAGUAUGUACAUUGAUCUAACUAAUGGUAAAGUCUGGGGUGGAGCAGAGGGCGUGUCUCAGCCAGUAUUCACACCACAGUCAAACAUCGAGGAAUGUGGAGUUAUGGCCGACCUGAGAGCUAACUUCCAGAAUCUGACAAACUGCCUUCAGGAUUGGCAUAAAGAUGGUUGUGUCGAUUUUCCAAUGUGUGGACGACGCAUGCUCAGAAUAGACAUGUAUCUUGGGAAAGAGCGCGGGGGUUAUAUGUUCAACGUUGGAGACAGUCCAAGCAAUGACGGAUGGGGUGGCGAUGGAAGUGACACUAAACACGAUGCCGAAUUAAUGGGACUUUAUUCCCAUAUCUGGGAAUUCAAAUCAGAUUACUGUAAAACGGAGAAAACAGAAUGGAAAAACACUCUUUUGGCCCCAAAUGUUUCAAAAGUCACUAUUUUUGUUGCCAACAAUUAUGUCAGGAUCCUGAACGACCAAGGAUUUGAGGUUAAAGGGUGUCACAAAUGCCUGUUUGCUCUCAAUGGACAGGACCCCGAGGAUAGAGCGAACACACUUUACAUGGCUUUUAACAACAUGAUCAGAGGAACUCAUCGACGUGGGUAUGGAGUGUGUCGUGUUAGUAUUCGCUGGGAAUGUCCGGAUUGUGAAAGAAGUCUUCAGUUUCCGAUAAAUCCCAGUAUCAAAGGAGGUGUAUAA